GCCACGAUGGCGACGAACCAACGCGCCUGUCCCAUGGUCCUGGGCCUUCGGCACGCCCUCACAUCGAUCGUUCAAUGCCUCCAGUCGCCAGGCGACGUCGUUGCCUUUCUGAGUGCACUGCCACCUGCCUCACUGGACGAACCACUCGCAGCAAUCUUGGAGCUGCUGGCGCGACCAAGCAUGGUGGCCCACAAGUGGCCAGAGCUCAACCUCGACAACUUGACGGCCAUCGACACCCCGCUGGCUCGUUUGGCGCUACCCGUGUUCACGUCGGUGCGCAGCUCGGAACUUUGGCUCUACAAGUGCCUAUCGACUACGCCACCCUCCGACGAUGACGACGACGACGAUGACGAUGACGAUGACGACGACAUGGGUCAAUAAUACUUUAUUAUUGACCCAUGACGACGAUGACGACGACGAUGACGACG